AUGGACACUGUAUCAGGUAUCGCAGUCUUCUGGGAUAGAGUCUUCGCUUUCGCAGGCUCUUCUUAUUUUUUGUCGAUUAUCCUCGAUGAAGGGGACGACUAUGAUGGCAGGUGGAAUGAGCACCUCACUCUCAUCGAACGCAGAAGCGAAUACCUUUUGCAUCUCUGGGGGCCUUAUCAUGGAAUGUUUGCAGUGGCUCCUGGUGCAUAUACUCCAUAUGAACUUCGUUGGGACAAUGUGAUCCUGGAGGGCUGCAAGCUGGAUUUUGUGUUCUUCCGUACCGAAGCCGGCAAGAACAAGAAGAAGCAGACUUCGCCGAAGGAAGGCAGCAAAUCCGAGAAGAAGCAGACCCCGGCGAAGUCUUCCCACCAGGUCGCAGAGCCGCCGAAGAAGAUCGCCAAGCAGGAGGAUGCUGCCGAGAAGGCCGAUGAAUCCUGGAGCUCCUGGUCCUGGAAUGCAAGUGCCGGACAGGACAACCAUUGGUGGUACGGCAACAACAGCAGCUGGUGGAGCGGGGGCUGGGAAAAGUCGUGGGAACAACAGCCUGGGGCUUCAGGGGACAAUGCAGGUGGCCAGGAGCAGCAGGAGGAGCCAUCCGCAGAAGCGGAUUCAAAGCAGGAUGAGGCCAAGCAGGCUAAGAAGAGACAAGCCUACUUGCAGGCACAUGCGAAGUGGGCCCGGUUCAUGAGGAGCCUCGACAGCCCACGGUCGCCGAGCCAGAUCCAUUCGGUGGGCGAGAAUGCCAAGUCGGCUGGGGAGGGACUCACCUGUCUGCACUAUCUCUUCGAGUCCUGGUGCAAUGCCGAGGGCGAUUGGCGAAAGUCCUGUGUCUACGUAAACGUGUGCUCGAAGAACACCAAAACUCGGAAGGGAGUCAAAAAGUGGCUUACUUACCAAGAGAUAGUCAGCAAGCUGGGUGAGACAGUGGCCGACGCCAUCGUGGAGCACAAGCGGUCCGUGAAAGAGGCCCAGCAAUUCUGGAUCCUAGACUCCGAGGCGGAGGAGGAUAUCCAAGAAGAUUGGAUUUCCAAGCUUCUCACGGUGUCCGAAGACGGCGGUUCCCCGAACAGAGGCUGCAAUCGCCGAGCCAAGUACCCCAAGGGCCGUGCUGCUAAGGCCAAGUAUGUGGGAAAGCUCACUAUGAAGUCGCCGGAGCUGGCCGACAUGUCCGAUGUGCUCCGCAAAGCCUACCUGGACGACUUGCAGAUCAAAAGCAAGGAGGUGUGCAAGAUGCGAAACCGCCUGCAGGGCUUCAUCGACGCUGGCAAGGUGAAGGAGAUCCCCGACCAGCAGGCUGUGGUGCUCGGCUUGAUCGACGCCAUCGACCGCUUCCUGCUGAUGGGCGACAAAGCCCUCGCAUUCGUGCUCAGCUGUCCGUUGUGGCGGCCACGCAGUGCGAGGAAUUCGCGCUUUUUGCUUUCCAUCUUGUCGUUGGAUGACAGCUACCUCGGCUGGGCAACCCUGAAACCUGUCAUUGGUCAUAUCGUGGCUGCUCUAAACAGGGCAGCAGCCACCCCAUUGACCCAGGACGGUCGCUGCUUCAUCGUCACCGAGAUCGGUGGGGAUUGGAAGUAUUUUCGUGAGGCCCUAUCCCUGCGAUCCCAUUGGAAUGCUCCUUUGGUUUGCCACCAUUGCCGCAUGGUGCGGCAAAGAAUGGCAGACCUGCCUUUGGCUACUGACCUGGAUUUCAGGGACACUCCUGCUUUUUUGGCUGAGGUUUCAAAGCACGACGCUUCGCCGUUGGUGCUGCUGACAGACUUUCAUCCUUCCAAGGUCACGUGGCUCUGGACCGCCAAUGGGGGGGCAAUGGCAUGCCUGCUGGACAUGGCUUGGUGGGGGCUGCCGGAUGUCGACAUCAAAAUUCGGCUUCAAGAGGCCUGGGCCGACUUUUGCGACUGGAAGUCUGCCAACAAGGUUACAUGUUCUCAGCGGCCGUUUACACCUGGCAUGCUCUACAAAGCGAAGCAUGGUGCAUAUAUGAGUUGCAAGGGAUUCAACAGCAGGAUUCUUGCUUCCUGGCUUGCCUCAGAGGCACAGAAGGCCUGGCAGGGUACUGCAAACCCCAGCGAUGAGCUGUGUCUUAUGACACAUGCUCUGCCCCUCGGCUCCACCCUCAUUCAAUUUCACUGGGGCCUUCACCCUUUCCUUUUUCUUUUUCUGUGGCUAGACAGGAAUGUCUCUGAUCAUGUGUAG